UUUGUGGGGUUAGCAAUGAACUAUAAAUAGCUAAUGAAGGUUCAUGUUUGUUUAUCAUAGCGGCAAUCUUUCUUUGAUCUCGUGAUAAGAGUUGUGAUAUGGGCAGACAUCAGCUAUGGUGGAAGGGCAAUAGAUUAAAGUCACAAAAUGCUUUUGCUUUGGUGACAGGGGUGUUUGUGCUCCAAUUUGAAGCAGACUGUUACGAUACGACAACUAGCCUCAUUUAGCCAUGUAAGGCUGCAACUAACAAUUAUAAAUAUAGAAAAAUGCAUGUAAAUUGUUGUAAACACUUGUAUAAUGUUAAGGGGUGCUUUGAAACCUUAGCUUUGAGUUUUAAUAGCUCAAAAUGUUCCAUGAAAAGUAUGUGUCCUUUGAUGUGCCCUUGAAAUGGUCCCAUACAUUUGAGGUUUUGGGUCACGAAGGUUGCCUCAGCCUUUUCUCCAUUUGCUGCUCACUGUGAAAGAGAACAAUGACAUAAUGACCAGUUGACUAAUUUAAUAGUCAUUUUUUAUGAAAAAAGAAAAUGAUGAAAAUAUGUUUCAUAUAUAAAGUCUGGAUGAUUUCUCUCUUGAAGGAAAACUGUUUUGACAUUUUUACCCAUCUUUCUCCGUCACUGUGCAGAGUGUUUCAUUUCAAUCAUCAGCAUUAUUUUAGUUUACUGUCGCACUGCUACAGUAGAGGAAAAGAUGAUCAGUCUCUUUCCAAAAUUCACUGUCCAGACCACCCCGACGCCCAUCUUGUAGAGGACUGCCGUGCAGGGGACAUGAUUUGCCCCGAAUGCGGUCUGGUCGUUGGCGACCGAAUUAUUGACGUUGGAUCGGAAUGGAGGACGAUUUCAAGUGAGAAGAGCCUUAAAGAUCCAACCAGAGUUGGAGACGGCCCAAACCUGCUGAGCAAUGGGGACCUGUCUACGAUAUUUGGAGAGGUUACAGCUUCAUCUGAUGACUUUGGAAACCGGAGGUACCGGCACCUGGCGACGAGAAGUUCCCGCAAUGCGCUGCUGAACACCUUCAAAGAAAUUAGCACCAUGGCUGAUCGCAUCAACCUGCCGAAAAACAUUGUGGAUCGAACAAACCUGUUAUUCAGACAGGUUUACGAACAGAAGACUCUUCAAGGACGAGCCAACAAUGCCAUCGCUUCAGCCUGCCUCUACAUCGCCUGCAGGCAAGAAGGUGUUCCAAGAACUUUCAAAGAAAUCUGUGCCGUCUCACGCAUCUCCAAGAAGGAGACUGGACGGUGCUUCAAACUCAUCCUCAAAGUGUUGGAGACUAGCAUGUACCUCAUUACAACAGGUGACUUCAUGUCACGUUUCUGCUCCAAUUUGGGACUCACAAAGCAAGUGCAGAUGGGUGCGACUUUCAUUGCCAGGAGAGCCAUGGAGCUGGACCUGGUUCCUGGACGAAGCCCCAUCUCUGUCGCUGCAGCAGCCAUCUACAUGGCCUCCCAGGCCUCCUCAGACAAGAGGACUCAGAAAGAUAUUGGAGACACUGCCGGAGUGGCGGACGUCACAAUCCGUCAGUCGUACCGCCUGAUCUACCCUCGCGCUGCAGACCUCUUUCCUUCGGACUUCCAAUUUGACACCCCGGUGGACUGCUUGCCUCAGCUGUAAAACGGACUCUUCACACGAGAAGGAUUGUUUCAGCUCUUGGGCAGUUACAUAACAUUAACAGGAUUGGUCCUGUUAUUGCUGCUAGUUCAGCACGGCAUUUGUCCUUUAUUGACGUCAGAAAAACACAAAUUACACUUGUAAAAAAAAGGGCUAUUACCCUAGAUAAACAAAACAAAUCUCCUGAAAACACAAAUAAAACUAUCAGUUACAAUAUAAUCUAAUGUGAAGGAUUUUUAUUUUACUAAAACCUAAAAUCAAUAAUUGUGGUAUUGUUUGUGAGUGUAUUAGAAUCACAAUGAGAUUUACUGACCAAGGUCAGUGAGGAUCACACUAGGAAAGUGCUUUGGUACAGCGUGCAAUAAUGAACGAAACAAACAAAAAAAAAAUGAAUAAAAAUAAAUAAACAAUACAGAAGUAACUCAUAAAUAAACUGCAAACAACAAGGGCUGUUUGCGAAUUCACCUGGGGAAAUCAAU